GACACGGAGGACCAUCCUUAUUGUGGCUGACCCUGAAGACUACAGACUGACAUACAAACAGUGAUACUGGCAGGCUAAUGGCAGCCUGUCUGCUAUCUCUCAAGAGCCCGCUGCUGAUGACCUGGGACAUAGUGGGAAGGAAAAAGUGUUGAUCAGCUUGCUGUAGAGGAAUGUGCCAAAGCUGUGGUGCGUGGUGGAUCGGCUCAGUGUCACCAGGCAAAUAGACUGAAGUGCUUUUGCUGCCAGUUACUACAUUUACUGUGCUUUCGUUGGGGAAGGCCACUUCGCAUCAGUCUCCAUGGACUUGCUGCAGGAAUCCAGUCAAACCAUGCUGGGUCUGAACGCCCGCUUGAAGGGCUUCUUGGAGCAGGUGAACAGGCUCCAGGAGGCCAACCGGCAGCUGGAGGCUCAGAUAGCCGACUGGGGCAUCAGGAGAGCUUCACGCUCCUCGGACUGGUCCCGACAGGAACAGAAUGUGAAGGAGCUCCGUGCCCAGGUUGGUAAACUACUGGUGGAGAAUGCUCAGCUGGCAUUACAGUCUGACAGCAUGAAGUCCAGAGCUGCUGCCAUCCAGGCCAGGUGUGAGACAGAAGAGCAAAACACCCGGCGUCUGGAGCAACAGGUGGCUCUGCUCCGGGAGUCAAAGAGGAAGGCAGAUGAGAGCAGCAUGGAGCUGCAAGCAGAAUUUCACCGCUCCAUGACAGAGCUGCAGGAGAUGCACCGGGAGUUUGAGGCAGCCCAGGCUCUGCAGCUACAGCGGGCCGGUUCUUGCGAUGUCCUGUUAGCAACAACCACCGCAGCAGCAGGAGGGGAGGAGGAGGAUGGCAGAGGGAUGGAGCUCACCCAGCUCCUCGACCAAAUCAGAGCGCAGUGCGACCAUAACAGACUUCCCGGCCCUGGAGAGAGACACCACGCCCUGGGUGCCAUCUCAAAUCCACCUCCUGGCUUGGUUGGGCCUAGCCGCUCUGGAGCUGGAGCAGCAGCAGCAUCCAGAACACACAGAGGAGCUGUCAGUGAGGAAGAGGCAGCGUGGGCUCAGGUGAGCCUCGGUGGCGCUGCCCUGAGGGAGGCGCGGGCCGAGCUAGCUCAGGCCAGGAAGCAGUGGAACUCCCUGCAGGUGGAGAUUGAAACCCUGCAUGCCUUGGAGAAAGGCCUGGAGAGCUCCUUGCAGCACACCCAGCGGAUGUACUCCAGCCAGCUGCAGGACCUUUCCAAGGUGAUUGUCGGGCUGGAAAGUGAGCUGGAGCAGGUGAGGGGUGGGCUGGCCACCCAGCGCCACCGCCACAGCCAGCUCCUCAACACCAAGAUGAGGCUGGAGCAAGAGAUCGCCACUUACCGACGUCUGCUGGAGCAUGAAGAGGGCAGGUACAUGGGUCGUGAUGGGGAGCCAAUGGGUCUGCGACCCUGGAGGUCUUCUGUGGUGGAGCCCAAGGAGAGUGGGCUGGAGAACGGUUUCAGUGACCUUGCUGUUACUCCGGAUGAACCUAAGUCUGAGCCUCUACCUGAAAUACCGUCACUCCUCCCAGCAGAGAAUGGGCUAAAGAAAGGCAUACUGCAUAGACAGCAAAGCCUUGUGAUACUCACAGAACCAGAGCAAGAUAAAGACUUGCCAAUCUCCACUGUGAAGACUCAGGAGAUUCUUCAGGGCAAUGUUGUGCGAGAGAGUGCAGAAGGUCACGGCACUAUUGAGACAGAGAAGAUUGACAAGGUGAUAAAACAGUGGGAGGGCUCCUUCUUCAGAGGGAAUCCCAAGCUGCGGAAGAAGUCGGUGUCACUGCGCUUCGACCUGCACAUGGCUGCAGCAGAUGAGGGGUGUGCCCAGACUAAACAGGACAGCCUCCCUGACGUGGAGGUGCGUCUCAUCAUGAAGAGAUCUCGCAGCAUCCCGACUAUCACACAGUAACUCUGUCAGCAGAUGUCAGAGUGACUACUGGUUUGCAGCUGUUUGUGGUAGUACAGGUGAUGCUGAAGUUACAGAAAUAGCAUCUGUGUCACUGUCAUCUGGGAUAUUGCCAUCCAUCAUGCUUAAUAUGAAUUUAAAACUGUAACAUUCACUGAACUUUGCAUCGCGGCUGAUGACUGAAACUGAGAUUUCUCUCAUCAAAUUGUGACUUUGGCAGGAGAAGCAUCACCCAUCAGGCUUUCGUGCUGAUCUAAUGGGGCCAUUUUUAUAGUGUCAGAAAGCCACUUCAAAUAUAUCAAAUGUACAUUCAUUACAUAAUCGAGGAUAACAAUUUAAUAUGCAAACUAAUUUCUCCGUCAUCUUUCUAGAUGAAGAAAAAGUGUCUCUCAACACUUAUUAUUUCAGUAUGAGGUCACUGGACAAAAGAGAUUGUAUCGACCAUAUGACUUUGCUUAACUACAGCAUUUAAUUCCAAUUAACACUUGUUACAGGAAACUGAGUGCACAGAUAGAUGGAGAUAAAUGGAGGUGUAGAGUCACAGAUCACUAUGAGCUGCCGUGAACUAUCAAAGGGUAGAUUUUUUUAAUUUUCUGUAAGGGCCUGUAAGGGACUGUGCAGGAAUUAUUGGGAGGAGGGCUCAGCAAAGGGGGAGAAUUGGGGGGUGUCCUAGGUAUUUUAAUGUUAUCUCAUUUUUCACAAUACUAUCACAACUCCCACUUCCACUUUAUUUUGUAUCUUAACAGAAGGCAGAACUACAGUAAAAUAGCAUGUACAAAAAUGUAAAUGUGCCAUAUAAAGUGACAAUGGAAGCAAAAAUAAAGAGUUUUUAGAAUAUUUGGUGAAAUAGUCAGUAGAAUACUGAAAAUUUGGUAAAUAACUUUGUUAGGUUUGCUGUAAGUGGCAAUUAAUAAUUCCACUACACUAUUGAAGAAUUUGAAGGCUAUAUUCCAUUACAGAGCGACUUUACAGUAAAUCCACUUUUUUGAGUUAGUGAAAAACACGCACAGUCACUUUAUUGCACUAUUGAUCCUCACUCAAUUUUACAAUGUUCAUUACAACAGAAGUUAUUUUCCUCUGCCCCAAAACUACCAGGCAAUUUCACGUUCACCUCCCAUCCCCACUACCCUGACAUAUAAAUACAGCACUCACCUGUCAGCAGUGUGAACUGUAUGGAGUAUAAAAUAUUGCAAGCAUGCUGCUGAGAUUAAUAGUAGUAGGAAUAUUACAGUAGUAGAAAUACUACCUCUACGACUAAGCUGGUAGUUUAAACUGGAGAACACGAUCUUAAAUUCUUUGUGCACUUUUUGUUAUUAAUGGCUAAAUGCAUUGCACCAGUCCCCACCUAAAUAAUUUUUUGUACAGUCCCUAAAUGCUUGCACUGCAGACACUUACAGCACUUAGAAGAACAUCAGCACUGAGAGAUAUCCAGGAUGUGUGUACUUUGAGGGUCUUUGUCAUUGCAGUUCAUUCUCUGUGUGGACAAAAAAAUAUCUUGCAACUCAAACUAAUAAUAUAGCUAUAUUUUAUGAUGCAUUAUCCCUAAAAAACAGCUCACUGUGAUCAUAGCAGCAGUGAGGCUCUUAACACUCCCCAUGUCUCAGAGAAUAUAGAUUACUUGUCUCAACCAGAGGAGGGCAGUAUUUGUAAAUAGUUAACACUGCAGUGUAUCUUCAGUCCUAAACUCGGGUUGUGUAACACAUGCUAUCUGUUACACCUUAGAUUAAGAGUUUUUAUGCUAAGUUGAGUUUGAGUUGGCACCAAAGAUAUAAAACAUUAGAAAUGGACCAUUGUGCAUUGCAUUUGGGUGCCUCAGAAUAUGUUGAGAAUAUUUAAAGGUAUUAUCUAUGCAGUUCUGUGAUUGAUUUUGCUUUGCUUCAUGAAGCACACUCUUCAUUUUGGGAGCUCUGUAACUUCAAAAUGAAGCACUAUGCUUUUAUCUUACAAUGUAUAAUUUAAAAUA